ACCGAAAUUUGACAACGUAAUGUAGUUUUAUUUAAUUUAAUUUUUGAUUUUUCAUUACAUUAAAUUUUUUUAAUUUAUAAAGGUCUUGCUGAUCUUUGACAAAAAUGCUGAUAAGAAAAUGAAAUUACUGUCUACGUGAUAAUGAGUUGAGUGUCAUGUCAUCCGUCCAUGCAACUAUUUAAUAACAAUAUUUUUGUUUUAAACAGAUUUUUAUAUCUAUAUUUAAUAUUAAGAUGACCUAUUUAAACACCGUAGUCAACGUGUUUAUAGGAUGUUGUUUAAGUUCAUUUUUUAUGGAAAUAUUGAUGGCAAUGGCGCCAGAUAGUGCCAAUUUAAUAACAUUUCUACAAUUUUUUGUCAUAACAUUACAGGGAAUAGUCUCUUCAAAGACAAAUAUACUGUCACCAAAAAUACCACUCCAAAAGUAUUUUUUACUAAUAGCAUUGUUUUUUAUUACAAGUGUUGCAAAUAAUUAUGUUUAUGCUUUGCAUGUGCCCUCUACCCUUCAUAUGAUUAUAAGGUCUGCCUCAUCACCAGCCAGUAUGUUAGUAUCAUGGUUUGCAAAAAAACAAAGGCCCCAUACAAAUGCUAUUAUAGGUUCCGUUAUCAUUAGUAUUGGAGUCUCAUUGGCUACAUUUGGAGAUGCCACCAUUGUGGAUGAAAGAAAGGGAAUGUUCCUACACUGGUGUAUUGGUGUUACGAUAUUGAUAACUAUGUUAUUUGUUGGAGCACUUACUGGACUGCAACAAGAAUUAAUUUUUAAGAAAUAUGGAAAACAUCCAAAAGAGAUGCUCUUUUACACCCAUGCACUUUCUUUACCACUAUUCCUGGGGAUGUAUCCUGGAUUAAAGAACACAGCAAUGAAUGUAUCACUUUAUUGCUGGUGCUUCAUAGCCCUUAAUAUGCUAUCUCAAAUACACUGCACUCAUGCCGUUCAUGACCUGGCUACAAAGGAGACUUCCAUGACCGUUACCUUUAUUUUGACUUUAAGGAAGUUUGUAUCUCUUAUAAUCUCGGCCAUAGUUUUUAAGAAUAAUCUUACUUUAUUACAUGUGAUCGGGACUAUACUUGUUAUUGUUGGUACAUAUUUCUAUUUUAACUUUUUCAAAUCUUGGAAGCAACAACCGAUUAGUCGGAAAGAGGGUAUUGUUCACCAGAAAAAAGAAACUUAAGACUGAUAGUGUUUUUUCUUAAUAUUUUAUUACUGUUAAACUUUUAUAUUCUUUAUAUAUAUCGAUGAUCUAAUAAAAAUAUUAUAUUUGCAUAAA